AGUGAGCGAGACCGUGAGAAAGAAAAGAGAAAAAAGAGACAGAGGAGAACAAGAGAGAGACAAUGAGAAGGUGUGAGAGACAGAGCAAGUGAAGUGAAAGAAGAAGAAGGAGUGAGAGGGUGAGAGAGGCAUAGACAAAGAGAGAAGAUAAAGAGACGUCGAGGAAUAAGAGAAUGAGCAAGAGUUUGAUCAAGAGAAAGGAGAGAUAGUGAGAAAGAGAAAAGAGCGAAAGAAAGAGACAGACAGACAGACAGAGAGUGAGUAAGAGUGAGAAAAUAAAAGAGCAGAGAGUGAGAUAGAGAGAGACUGUACGAGGGAGAAGAACAAGAGAUAGACACUGAGAAAGAGAAGAGAGAGAGAGACAGACAGAGAUAAGGUAAAGAGACAGUGAGGAGGAAGAAAAGAAUAGAAGAGAUUGAUGAAGAGAAAGAUAAGAGAGAUUGUGAGAAAGAGAAAAGAAAGAGAGAGAAAGAAAGAAAAGAGCAAACGAGAGAGAGAAAGAAAGAAAAGAGCAAACGAGAGAGAGUAAGAAAGAAAAGAGCAAACGAGAGAGAGAGAGAGAGAAAGAAAAGAGCAAAUGAGAGAGAGAGAGAAAGAAAGAAAAGAGCAAACGAGAGAGAGAGUAAGAAAGAAAAGAGAAACGAGAGAUAGGGAGAGAGAGAGUAAGAAAGAAAAGAGCAAACGAGAGAGAGAGAGUAAGAAAGAAAAGAGAAACGAGAGAUAGGGAGAGAGAGAGAGUAAGACAGAAAAGAGCAAACGAGAGUGAGAGUAAGAAAGAAAAGAGCAAACGAGAGAGGGAGAGAGAGAGAGAGAGAGAGAGCGAGUAAGAAAAAGAGAAACGAGAGAGAGAGAGAGAGAGAGAGAGAGAGAGAGAGAGAGAAGAGCAAACGAGGGAGAGAGAGAGUAAGAAAGAAAAGAGAAACGAGAGAGAGAGAGAGAGAGAGAGGGAGAGAGAGAGGGAGAGAGAGAGAGCUCCAUCCUCAGCUCUCAGAGCUUGGAGGAGAGGAGGCUCGUGCACGCGCUGUAAGGUGGACAUCACGACACGUCUCGCGGCUGUGUUGAACACGUUUUCCGUGAGGAUGUGAAGAUCUGCGAGGAGGACACGCUCCCCGCCGGAGGAUCAGGCAGCUCGGGCUGAUUUGUUCGCGCGGUUUAUCGCUGGAUCUGGACCUGUUCGUUUUUUUUUUUUCAGCAGCUGUCACACUCGCGCGCUGCGCUCCGUCUUCAUUAAGUCCGCGCGAAGCGACGCGACCGCCGUGCGCGCGCUCUGCGCUCCAGGAGAAGACCAACAGCCUCGUGCCAAACAACCUCCAGUUGUAUUUCUUUCUGAUUACUGUCCGUAGAGAGCCGCUCACGAGGGGGCUGUUUGGGUUUGUUUACUCUCUCUCUCUCUCUCUCUCUCUCUCUCUCUCUCUCUCAGCCUCCCCACAUUCUAACAAGUGCUGAUCAUUUCCACAUGAACGCGUUUCAACGAUUUCGUGACGUCGACUUCAACUAAAUACGACUCGUUGUCAUUUCCCUGCAUAGAAGUUAAGUUUUGUCACGUGCAAACUUAGGAAAAGGGUUCCAUCUAGCACCAUAAAAGGGUUCCGUAGUUCAUCUCUCUGGGAGAACCCUAAAGGCUGCCUCGAGCCCUACAGCAAAAGGUUUCCAUUUUGGAGUAAAAAACCUGUGUUAGGAAGCUAGAACAAUUGGCAUUUCUUCUUAACCAGCACAAAGCAGAAGAAAACUGACCAGAGCUCCAAAGACCUCAAACAAGCCAGUGUUAUGUUCCUCCCAGAACAUCUGGUUUCUGACCUGACCACGGAAACGUCACGAUUACGACAAUAUUACAAAAGCGUAAAUGGUAUGUUUGUUUCAUACGCAAGUCGCGAUUUUAUUGCUUCGUGAGGUUGAAAAACGACAAUUACGACUCGCACGUCCCAACAAACUCGUAAAAAAAAACAAAAAAAACAACGACUCGUAAACUAUCCGAAAGGUUCGAUCGAGCACCUGAAGGUUUGCUCUAGAACCCCACAGUAAUAAGAGUUUCUUCGGAACGUUUCACGUUAACCGUCUGAAGAAGAUUUCUAAAAUCGUAGCGUGUAGCUCGGAGGUUUUCCUAACGACCGUGGUACGCUAACAACAGUUUGAUCUCUUCGUAACCAACACGAAGCAAACAGGAACGUAAACAGAGCGGCACGAUACGUUUCACUCUCGAUUUCUCCAAAACCCAACGACGGGGGAAAAAAACAAGCCGGCGGUUAUUUCCGUAAGGUUUCGUAACGUUCCCGAGGCGAUGACGUAAAAAAAACGAUAAGUAUAAGCGCGGGAGGAUUUUUGAUCGACAAACAUUCGCUGUAUUCCGCGUAAAAUCGUCGUCCUGACGUUGCCCGCAAAGCUUCGAGAAACGACCGCGGACGAUUUCAAAAACGGUCGUUUUUCAUACGUCACACGUCUUCUGAAGUCCGCCAUCGUAGCCGAGUUCGGCGCGAUUCGUGACGUAGCCUGUUUUAAAAACCCUUCGCCGUUUCGUGACCUUGUCGAGGCGUGAUUUUAAAAUCGUAGCACACUAGCACGUCUCGCCGUCGAUUUCGAUAACGCAAAAUCAAAAUCAAAUCAAAAACUAUAGCGUCCGUUCGUUCUGUUUACUUCUGACGCGACUAGCGUGCUAAGCGUAACCGUGACUCACAGUCAUAAAUAAGGGUUAACGAGCGGUUCACGAGGACUGGAUUACAGUAUCGGUCUCUUUUCCGUGGGAACGCCAGAUCAAACGAGCGAUUUUUUUUGUCUCCUUUCUUUUUUUUUUUUUUUUUUUGCGUAGGCAGGAAAUUGCUACUUAAAAACGUAAUGCAAAUUUAGACUUUUAAAGCCAAGCGCUGGUCCAUGUCGAGUGGCUCUUAUUGUUGAGAGCGUCCGUGAAAUUAUACCGUCUGUGACUGAGGAUCCAAUUAGCUGCUUCCAGAACCCCUAAUAGAUGCACCAGACGGAAGCUUAAAUGCGAAAUAAAAUCGUCUCGAAGGGUGAAAUACGUGUCCACUACUGAUAGUAGCUAAAGCUGUUCAUAGCAGGAGCGUCACCGGUGGGGAUUCUGGAUCAUGUGCACGCUGUAGGCACGUGAAAGUGGCGAGUUUUUUUUUCCCCGUGUGAGAGAAGCAGGAAUCGCUCUGAACGAACGGCGCCAAGACGAUGGAUGUGAAAGUGGAGCCGGCUGCAGAGACAGACGGCGAUCAUCCGCCUCCUCUCCAGGUGUUCGCUCUGACGUCCACGCUGCACGGUAUCGCUCACAUCUUCUCCAACGAGAGAGUGACGGCCAGAUGCUGCCUGUGGCUGCUGUUCUUCCUCGGCUCCUUGGGCUUCCUGCUGUACGUCUGCGUGGACCGAGUUCAGUUCUACCUGGAGUUUCCGUACGUCACCAAAGUGGACGAGAUCGUGGCUCCGGCCAUUCUGUUCCCCGCCGUCACCUUCUGCAACCUCAACGCCUUCCGCUUCAGCAAGGUCACGCGCAACGACCUGUACCACGCAGGCGAGCUGCUCGCAAUGCUCAACUCCAGAUACGAGAUUCGGGAUGUUCACCUGGUCGAGGAGAGCGUCCUGGAGGCACUGAAGAUCAAAGCUGACUUCCAGAACUUUAAGCCUCGCCCGUUUAACAUGCUCGAGUUCUACAACCGAACGGGCCACGACAUCAGAGACAUGCUUCUCUCUUGCCACUUCAGGGGGAAACCGUGUCGACCCGAAGACUUCAAAGUGGUGUUCACACGCUAUGGGAAGUGCUACACAUUUAACUCGGGUGAGAGCGGUCCACCACUGCUCAGUGUGAAGGGUGGGAUGGGGAACGGCCUGGAGCUCAUGCUGGACAUCCAACAGGAUGAAUAUUUACCUGUGUGGGGAGAAACAGAUGAGACGUCUUUUGAAGCAGGGAUCAAAGUUCAGGUUCACAGUCAGUCUGAGCCGCCGUUCAUAGAUCAGCUGGGUUUUGGCGUCGCUCCGGGAUUCCAGACCUUCGUGUCCUGCCAAGAGCAGCGGCUGGUGUUCCUGCCACCUCCGUGGGGGAACUGCAAGAUGAAUUCGCCGGACUCUGACUUCUUCAGCGCUUACAGCCUCAGCGCGUGCCGCAUCGACUGCGAGACGCGCUACCUGGUGGAGAACUGCAACUGCCGCAUGGUGCAUAUGCCUGGUGACGCCCCGUACUGCAGCCCUGAGCUCUAUAAAGUGUGUGCAGACUCGGCGCUCGCGUACCUGGUGGAGAGGGAUAACGAGUACUGCAUGUGUGAGACUCCGUGCAACACCACGCGCUACAGCAAGGAGCUCUCUUUCGUCAAGAUCCCUAGCAAAGCCUCCGCAAAAUACCUCGCCAAGAAAUUCAGCAAGUCCGAGAAGUACAUCACAGACAACAUUCUCGUUCUGGACAUCUUUUUCGAAGCUCUGAACUACGAGACCAUUGAGCAGAGGAAAGCCUACGAAGUAGCAGGACUGCUGGGUGAUAUUGGAGGACAGAUGGGACUCUUCAUUGGCGCGAGCAUUCUCACUAUUCUCGAGCUCUUUGAUUAUCUGUAUGAGGUAGCGAAAUACAAGCUGUGUCGCUGCUCGGAAAAGAAACAUCAGAACGACAGCAGCGAUCAUGACACGGUGAUGGGGCGCAACGACGUCAAAUGUCACGUCAGUCAGUUUCAUUAGCGACCUUACUGUUAUAAACCUGCGCAACCAGUGUUUCAGUGAAACACUGUCCUGUACAUCCUAUUUCUCCUGCGCAUAAUACAGCUUCUAUUUAGAUCACUGUAUAUAUAAUGUCUAUAUACGCUACCGGUCAAACCUUUAGACGCACUCAUUCUUUAUUUUCAUUUUUAUUCCACAUUUUAGAAUAAUAAUAAAAUCAUCAAAACUCCGGAACUAUGGGAAUGAUGUCGUGAUAAAAAAAAAUCCCAAAUAAAUCAAAAUAAUUUAAUAUUUUCGCAUCUUUAAAGUCGACGCCGUUUUCGCCUAGAAUGUCCGGAAAUUGGCGUUUUCUCGAGCGAUUUCUUGAGGAAUUUCCCCGAGAUGGUUUUUAAACAGUAUUAAAGGAGUUCCCACCGACGCCGGACUCUCAUCGGCUGCUUUUCUGGAAUAUUUCCCUCCGAUUCGUCCGUUUAAAAAAAAAAGAUUAUUUUGUAAAUAAAAUGUUCGUUUUCUAAUGAAAGAAACGAAGACGUCGGCACGAUUAUAUUUUGUGUCCGCGACACCGAUUUCACACGUUCGAUCACAUGCCUUCGGGUCAAAAAGGGUUUUAACAUCAUGAGAAACUUUUCAGUCGGGCGUCCACAAACUUUUGACCGGAAGUGUACUUAGAUGGGGAAAAAAGUCCAUUUAUAACCAGGCAGUCUGGGAGAAUGACUGCAUUUUGAACUUCAUUCACACAGGCUUUCCCGAAAGAAGUGUACGUAUAGAGACGUGCAUCGACGCGAAUUGAAGUCAGAGGAGUUCUGAAGUGCGCAGUAGGGAAAAAAAAAAGGCGAGAUGUUUUGUUUUUAAGAGAAAUGCUCGAAAAGUUUUUUUUGUUUUUUUUUGAAAUCACGUCCUGUUUUGUGAUUCUCUUUGAUAUUGAAGGGUUUAAGCAACAGACUCUCCAGACGAGUCUUUUCUAGUGUGUUUUCUGACCUUCAGGUUGUGUUACUUGAAGCGUGGCGUGUUACAGUUUUACUCCAAAGUGUUUUGAAUCAUCGUGUCGAAAAAUUAGUACUAGAAGACUUUCCAUUGGUUACAAUUAUAUAUAAAUAUAACGCAACACUAGGAACAGGAUAAAGGCUACAGACUUGACGCAGAGCUGGGGUUUAUCAAUGAAAUCUACGCCAACGCUAACGCUAACACUAAUGUUUAUCUCGUGUAAGAGAUAACAGCAAGUGAAGGGUCCUGAUUUCGGCUUGAUUUUUGCGGUAUAACGCUGAUGUGUUGCUAAUUUGUUUAGAAAACAAAUGAUCCUGUUGUCAUUUCCUGUUCACUAUUUUUACCCCAUUUCCUUUUUCCAAUUUUCUCAUUUCCCAAUUCCCAUCCACUAGCGAGCUCUCCGCGAUCUCACAGCUACCAAACAGCAAUGCCGAAGGCUACCUUGCUAUUCUUAUUUGACACAAAUGAGUCCUUUAUUUUAGCAAUUACGCAUUUAUUUUUACAUAUUUUUUUUUCUAGUUUAUUAACCGGUUUAUUUAACAGCAGCCAAACCUGUCAGAAUAUCAUAUUCUGUAACCACAUGUUCAUCAUUAUUCAACAUUACCGAAGUUAGCUAGCCAGCUUUGCCUGCAGGUUCCGUCGAUGACGUUUUCGGUGUACCGUAGUGACGCGCUCGAAUAAUUUGCAUAUCGAAUGUGAUUUAUGAACGUAACUUCCGUGACGUAGCCUAAUUUGUCAUUUAUACCUGUUGUCAUGGUUACAUAGUAUCAAGUACCACUGAUUUUGUUUUUGUUUUUUGACUGAUUAGAGGUGUACCGAUAUGAUCAAAUAUCAGACACCAAACCAGCCAAUCAGAAACGAGUAUUUUCCGUGAGGAAUGUUUUUAAAGCAGGAAGCGGACUGCACAGCUGCCUGAAGUCGUAUCAUGAUUAAAACACCACACACAUACACACAAUUCAAUGUGAGCUCCUUGAUGAUGUCAUCAUCCUGCACCUGCUCACAGUGCGACGCUAAACUCGAGACUCGGCCAGCGACUUUUGCAUGAAAGCUCUUGACCUGUGUGUGUAUGCUGUAUUAUGUUUGUCGGCAUGUUGUCCUAAGGGUUGUAAUGCACGUAGGAGCGUGAGUGUGUGUGUGUGUGUGUGUGUGUGUAGGAGUGUCAGCAUUGUUUUUAUGUGCAUGUCUGAGAACGUGUGUACGUCCAUGCAUGUGUGUGUACUUGUAGUCGUGUGUCAGUUAUGUUUCGUGUCCUGCAGGACAGACGAGCAUUUUGAAAAGACUAAACAAGUCCAGAUGAGUUUCCAGACCUUACUGUGAAGCCACGCCAAACUGAAAAUCCGUUGAGAACACGCCACAUACGUGUAUACAGGCCGCCCGCUGUGUUUCUCCUGUAUGGUGAAGUUGCAUCCUUCUAGCUCUGUGGUGCUUGUGAUGAUUUAGGUGCAGUGUGUAUUAGGGAUGAGCGAUAUGACAAAAAAAAAACAAUCAUAUCAUGGUACUUGAAGACCACGAAAUGAUAUGAUAUGAUACGCUACAUGUGUCAUGAUGUAUAGGAUUAUUAAUAAACUGCCGGCUAAACAGUGUUGCUUUUAAAAAGCUAUGAAAAUCUGUGAACACAUGAUUUAACACUGGGGAGGGGGGGGGGAAUAGAGGACUAAUUUUACAAUUCUGAGCAAAAACGGUAACAUUUUACGGUUUUAAGGGUUCAAUACAAAAGUGUAACAUCUAAUCAUCUGCUUCCAAUCAGAGUUUACAGUACAACUAGGAUUUAAAAGACAUGUUUAAAUGGUUUUUUUUGUUUUUUUUUAAGAUACACAGCUUGUUUCACAAUAUAUAGGUUUGCUAACAAACUGCCUGAUUUAAAAAAAAAAAUUAUAAUAAUACAAAAACACUGAAAAUUAAAAGGAGGGAGGAAAAAAACUCCACAAACACUUAACAUUUUACAAUUUUAAAGAUCACAAUGUAUGGGUUUACCAAGAAACUGCAAAAAAAAAAAACCCAGUAGCAUUGGGGAUUUUUAAUAUGAAAUGUGAAAAUGUGACAUUAAUUAACACUAAAAAUAUAUAUCAAAUUUGUUAAAUACAUUUAGUUAAAUAUCUAAAUUAGUUGCUUAUAAUCAGAGUCUGUGUCCGUAACGGUAUUAAAAAUGUAUUAAAAUAUGACAAUACCUGUGAUCUCUGAAAAGAAACUGUAUAUUGUGACCUAAUAUAUCACGGUAUCGAUAUUAUAUCGUCAUAUUGCCCAGCCUUAGUGUGUGCAGUCUCAUAAACUCAGACAGUGGACU